AUGGGCAACUUCCUCACAAGGCGGCAUGAGCUGGCCUUCGGCAAGAUCGCUCUCAUCAAACCCUGCUCCUGCUGUGGUGCGACGAUGGUCCACCCACCCCUUCUUCCCGACGACCAAAUUCUUCCCUUCGACCUCGACUGGGACUUGUGCAGUUCGGAUGGCGACAACGACAACCACCAGAUUAGCGGCAACGAAAGCGAGCAGGUGUCCGAGGCCCGGCCUUUGCCGUCUGUCUGGCUCAAGUACACAGGGGUUGCGUUCCCUCCAGUGGGCAUCGCGCGAGAGGUUUCAAACAUCCGGAAGGAAACCGAGCCCCUCGAGUGGGAGAUCGAGUGUUAG